AUGCCACGUGCUGUUUGGACCAAACUCCUGUCGGAUGUCUCUAUUAAGAGAUCAUCCCAGACUCUCGCAAUCCUGGCCAGCAAUGCAUAUAUCUAUGGCGGAGAGCUGCGGCCGCGAGAACCAGUUGAUUCUGCGGUAUACCGUUUGUCUUUGGACGCUUCAAAAUCCAGCAACCACAAUAUCAUACAGACUUUCCCGUCUGCCAGUCACCCCCAGCCCCGCGUAGGUUCCGCCUCGACCGCGCUUGCUGGGAGACUUUACAUCUUCUCUGGUCGGGGCGGUAUCGCCAUGGCCCCGAUCGAGGAAUCUGGCACCUUCUGGGUCUUUGAUCCGACCCAGAACACCUGGUCCCAAUUGGCCCCUGCAACCUCGAACUCGCAAUACCCUGUGGGCCGCAGCUACCACACGCUCACCAAUAACGGCACGGACACCAUCUAUCUGCACGGUGGCUGCCCAUCCAGUGGUCGUCUACGCGACCUUUGGGCGUUCAACAUCCAUUCUCGGCAAUGGCUAGAGUUGCCCCCGGCACCCGGCCCGGAACGAGGCGGCGCGUCGAUCGCGUACGCUGAUCAGCGAAUCUACCGGAUGAACGGCUUUGACGGGACCAGGGAGCAAGGCGGAUCCCUGGACGUGUACAAUGUACAGACGAACGAGUGGACCAGUCUCACGUAUGCAUCGGAUGGAAUCUCCGGGCCUAGUCCGCGAAGCGUGGGCUGCUUGCUCGCCACGAUGAUCGGUGGGAGGCAGUCACUGGUAACAAUGUUUGGCGAGCAUGAUCCCAGUAGCCUGGGACACCAGGGUGCCGGAAAGAUGUUGGCGGAUAUAUGGGCGUUUGAUCUUCAAUCUCAGCGGUGGGCACAGGUGGAUAUUGCGGAGCCAAACAGACCUCCGGCGCGUGGCUGGUUUGAUGCGGACGUCAUCGGCCCUGAAGCAGAUGCCAAUCCUGGAAGCAUAGUAAUUCACGGUGGACUUGCUGAGACAAAUGAGCGGUUGGAUGAUGUGUGGCGACUAGAUUUCGUCUAG